UGCAGGAGACCAACAAAACGCUCGGAGCGCCGUGGAAGCCGAGGAAUAUUAACACUUCACAGUGCAGAGGGUACACACGAGAUAUACCUACACCGGUGUUAGUGGGUUCUACCACAUGUGCGACUACCCCACAGAAAUAAGUCCCCUGUGGUGUUCGGCGGACCAUUGUUGGGUAGGUGUGGAGUGACCACAUUAGAUAUACCAUGCAGUAAAGGACUGAGACACAGAAGUGUUACACCAGGAGGACCGGACAGUAGCCCACGGCUGUACCCAUCACAGACAUGGGGCCCCCUAGUCUACGUGUCUGUACCAACUAUACAAAGUUACUCUUUAUGUUCUUUGUUUGUUUAUUAUACUUUCAAAAUACAAAUGGAAUUACGCUGGACGGAAGGACAGGCUCUUACGCAAAAUACCCUAUAUGGAAUGCUUGUACAAAUGCUUCAAUUAGAUUCGAUUUCAAAACUGAGGAAGCGAAUGGUCUUCUGAUGUACACAGAUGAUUCCGGGACGUAUGACUUCUUUGAACUCGUCUUAGUUGAUGGAGUCUUACGAAUGCGUCUUAAUAUCGUCGAUGGUCGUGACGGAAGUGUGGAGUUUCUUAUUGGAGAAAAUCUAGCUGACAACAAAUGGCACAAAGUAUUUGUCCAGAGAAAGAGGAUGGAGACGAGUAUCACCAUUGACGACGAGACCGAUCUCACCCAGACAAGACUUUCCUAUGGUUCGGAUUUUAAUUUCGGAGACAUCCAAAAUAAUAGUGCAGUUUAUUUCGGAGGAAUGCCACAACAUCACUUCAAAACCAACCUGAGGAAUCUCGCUCUUCCUUCUGUUAUGUUUGUGAAAAAUCUCAGAAGUUCAUUCCGAAAUGUGAUUUACGGAAAUUGUUCAUGUUCUUUGGUUCGUGCAGUUGCAGAACCAAGAGCCGGGCAAUAUUACGGAGUUCCGGAAAUUUGUGAAACAACAAAUAAAUGUGGGGAUUGUUUGUGUAUUAGCGGAGAUUCGAACUCAACAUGUAAUUGUGACGGAUUAAGUUGUAAAUCAACAUUUUACCACCUGCCGAUGGACGCCAUUGAUGGGACCACCCUUGCGAACCCCUCGGGAUUGGACGCAAGUGUCUAUGGUGACGCCAUCUUGACCCGAGGAGCCUCAAAUAAGGCCCUUGUCCUAGAUCGAGGUCAGUGGAUCCAGGUCAGUGGCCCUGGACAUCGCCGCGAGUGUUUCGGUGACCUUGACCUUUGCUCUAGAGGGUACACGCUCGGUUUGUGGAUCCACUUCAAGGACGCGGGGAACACCAAGGGAGUUUACAUGACGAACGGAGGCCAUGACGCUGAGUCCCACGGGAUCGCGAUGACGUAUAAAAAGGGCCUUCUGGAAUUCAUCUUCAAAAAGAAAAAUGGCCAGACAUGGAUGGUGAAAGCGGAAAACGUGCUGUCUGAUAAAUGGUAUCACGUGUCGGUCACGUGGAAAGAGAAUGAAGGGCUUAACCUCUUUAUCAAUGGUGAUCCUGUCGACAAGAGUCCGAAUCCCCAGCAAAGGUCGCCGGCAAUAUCCAGUAGAACGGAAAGCAAUUUUAUUGUGGGGCAUGCGCAGGGCGAUCUUGCCAGCUUCAUUGUGGAUGAAAUCAAGUUCUGGUCAGAUUUCAAAUCGGAGGAGGAAAUAAAGGAGAUUGGACCAAUGUAUCGGUACUAUUUUUCAAUGGAGGAACGGAUUGGAGACGAAUUGAUAGUAAACAACGCUUACACAGAUAUAAAUGGAAAUGUGGCCUUGACCCCGGGGAAAAUCGGAAACGCCUUGACCUUCUAUGGUGACGGCGGAUACGUAACAAUCGAGGACUUUGCGAACACAUGUUUGGGUGACGUCAAUCAAUGUUUAUACGGAUUUACAAUUUCUUUUUGGAUCGAGUUUAAGUCUCUAACUGGCGAUAUUCCCUAUUUCUCCAGUGGGCCAAGGGGGUUAAAGAUUUUCUCGCGAGAGGGAAAUAUGCACGCCGAAGUUUCUAACGGAGAAGUGAAAUGGUCAGACAGUUUUUAUGGAUUGAAGUAUGACAAGUGGCAUUUUAUUGAAAUCACGUGGUCCCUCAAAAGAGGAUUAUAUAUGUUCCUUGAUCUGGAGCUGAAGUCCAGACAACCAACACCGGUCAUGGAUGAUUCGUCGGAUUCUACUCAACAAAACUUUUUGAUUGGUCGAGUCGGAUCGGGUAUGGCUGCCAUGAGAUAUCCAAACGCGGCCAUUGACGAAGUCGAGAUGCAUUAUGGGGACCGAUUUUCUCUUCUUUAUCUAGACCUUAUUCAGAGAGGAAAACCGGAAAAUUACCACUUCGGCAUGGACUCCAUGCUUGGGGAUCGCCUGAUACACCCUUCUCUUCUCGUGGAAACUUUCAACCGACCCAAACUUGUAGCUGGUAAAAUCGGAAAAGCCAUCAAAUUGAACGGCCAACAACAGGUGGUAGAUUUCGGAGAAAAAUCUUCAGAGUGUUUUGGAAACCUGGAUUUUUGUCACCACGGAAUAUACACCUCGUUUUGGUUUAGACCAACCACUUUCAGAGAGAAUAUGUAUUUUUUCACCAGUGGUCAUAACGGUAUCACCUUAAGCAAUACCAGAAAGAACCUACAGGUCGCGGCCAGAACCUCGACCAGAAUCUGGGAAACAUCAACGAAUGUUCUCAUUCCCGGGAAUUGGUAUUUCCUGGAAAUUUCUUGGGAUCCUGAAACUGGUUUAGAAGUUUUUGUUGACGAAGUUCCUGUUGCUAAGGACAUGAAUCCGUCAAGAAGAACAGAUCCACUUCCGGAAAGUUUGAUAGAGACAACUCUUCAAAAUAAGAUCUAUCUAGGUCGCGGAAAUGUUAACAUGGAAGAUCAGCCAUACGGGAAAGGCACGUUCGAUGAACUGGCCUAUUGGUAUGGACCACGUGACUACCUAACGGCUUUUGGGUAUCUACAGAGAGGGAAGCCUACAAAUUACCUGAUCGAUUUCCAGGACAUGCGCCCUGGGAUACUGUUACAUUCGGAACUCCUCCUUCCAAUAGAAGGGGUACCUUCCCAAGUACCCGGGGUGGUGGGCAACGCAAUGAGAUUUAACGGCUUCGGCCAGUACCUGGACAUCGGUCAAAACAAGGAUUCCUGUCUAGGGAACUUGGCCAAGUGUCCAAACGGUAUAACCAUUGGAGCAUGGAUGAACUUUCAGGCCUUCGAUGAAAAUAUGUAUAUCAUGUCAACCGGAAAGAACGGUCUGCGCAUGUUUCAUAAAGACGGGAAUAUUUACGUCACUGUAGACCAGUACGGGAAACACUGGGAGGUCAAUUUCCCACGUGUGGAACCGGAUACGUGGAACCACAUGGAGAUGUCAUGGCAUCCGGAUCACGGACUGUCUAUGUAUGUCAACAACACACUUGUGGCCAAAUCUCGUUACACGAAUGUACCGAUAGAGGUCGCUUACUCCGUUCCUCAUUUCUAUGUGGGUCGGGCUAAUGUUGGCGACUCCCGCGAUGCUGUCAACGACGCCAGGAUGACAGUUGAUGAGAUGGAGAUCUGGUUUGGAAGACGGGAAGAGUUAUUGGCCUUUAACUACCUCUUCCGGGACAACAUUCCUCACGAGACUUUCUCCAUGGAGCAUGAACAAAAUGGCCGUGUUCAUCACCCUCGAUAUACUGUUACUUUAGCAAAUGGCGCCAGGAUAGUCCCGGGCAAAUUCGGCAACGCCGUCUCAUUGGCUGGAACUGGGCAAUACGUGGAUCUAGGUAUCCCGGAUGACAAGUGUUUGGCGGAUAUCAACCAAUGUAAAAAUGGUCUGACGAUGUCACUUUGGAUAAAAUCGCGGGAACUGGUGGAUGGAUCAUACUUCGUAUCAGCACCUUCAUAUUCGCUCUUCUACCGCGACGGCAAUCUCAUCGCCAGGUUCCACUCAGACGGAAAAACAUGGCAGGUCACAAGUCCCAACUUCCAGGCCGAUAGAUGGCACAAUGUUGAGGUUUCAUGGACACCCGAGAAAGGUCUUGCACUUUAUCUCGACGGUACAAAGGAGGGCGCCACUUCCUUCUGGACUCAAUCUCAAGCCGACGAGUCCUAUGGUAGAAAUGUUUACGUAGGAAGAGAACAGAGGGACGAACCAGGCAGGGUGAACGCGCUCGUGGAUGAGAUCCAGUACUGGUAUGGUCCAAGGGAUGAGGUCAUGAGAGCUGGACAAAUAGGAGAGUUCCUGAAACAUGAAGUAAUUCCAUUUGACCGGGUUAUCAGAAUACUAAACGGUACCUCCAACAUAGUUCUCCCGACAAGGACCAUCCGUCUUCACGAGAGCCCGGUCAGAGUUCAAGGUCAACACGGGAGUGCCAUCAGGGUCAAUGGUAAAGGUCAAUAUCUAGAUCUCGGUGAGGACUUGAUCUGCAACGGGAAUCUUGAGAGUUGCCCGGAAGGCAUUACCAUGGUGAUGGCAGUGAAACCGGAAUCGCUAAGUAAUAACAUGUAUUUCUUUGACAGUUUUCCUGUCUCGCUUUACUAUAGAGAUGAGAAAUUGUACGCCACCGCGAGAACACCAACUAAGUCCUGGACAGUCUCGACGCCUGGGUUUGAAACCAACGAAUGGCAUCUCGUCGAAAUAUCGUGGCAUGACCAGGAAGGUCUGGCAAUGUAUUUGGAUGGGGAGAAGGGUGGAUACCAGUCUUUAGGUACCCCACAAGAUGAAGUUCUAGAAUGGAGUAGUAAAUCGUAUGUAGGUAGGUCUCUGUCCGACAUGGUGCGGGAACGCUAUGCUGACGCCACGUUUGAACGUAUGGACACGUGGAAUGCCAGAAAAGGAUAUCUUCAAUCGUUUAAUUUGAUACCUAGAACGGAGGAACUCCCUACCGAACGCACCCCGAUCGGGCCAGGUCUUCCGAUAAAUCCGGGUGAUUUAGGUGGAGGGACCCGUGUGAUACCAGGAGGUCAACCAGACCGAGGCUCAGGCCGUACAGAACUAAAUUUCGGUCUCGAGGGUACUCUUGGCAUUAAUGCUGGAAGACGUGAACCGCCUGUGGGUACCGGAAAUAGUGGAACAUUCAAUUAUCCGACUCGGGCACCUUCACGACAAGUCGAGUUCGUAGUAAUAUCCAAUUUUACUGGGAAAGUCGUUGAAAGUGGCCCACCAACACCGAGGCCUCAACCACGCCCUCAACCACGCCCUCAACCACGCCCUCGACCUCAACCACAGACCCCAGCUCCUGUGACGUCACAAGGUGGAAGUCGAGACACUACAAGUUUAAGAUUGGAUACCCGGCAACGACAGUCAAACACCAUCCGGUUUACUGGAGGUGAUGCCUACGUCCAUUACAACUUCAGCGUAUUUACCGAUGUGCAACGUCAGAUGCUUGAGUAUACGGAAAACGAGACAUUCUCCCUCCAGUUCGCCACAACCGCGUCUAAUGGAUUGAUAUGGCUCGACCAUCGCCCCAGAACCGGCCAGACCCUCUACCUGGCACUCAGGAAUACUCCAUUCCAAGGCGGUAAAGAGUGUAUCGACGGGUACCUAGUGUUUGGCAUUGAUGAAGGUGUCGGCGGCCUUCGAGAGAUCCGACUCCAAUCCCUCAGGGUCGGGGAUGUUAAUGAUUGGGCGUGGCAUACGUUUAAGGUGGCCAGAUCUGGACGAUACAUAAAGUUCUACAUCGACAACAUCUUGGUGGGUGAGACAACGACACAGAGGGAGAUACAGUUCGUGGCCCGGGGGCAGGUGUACCUCGGUGGCUCCCCCGACACCAGUGGUUUUACACAGGGACGGAUUACGUCUGGUUACAGGGGAGGCCUAACACUGGUAGAAUAUGAGAAGAAUAUCACGCCAUUACGAGUUAUAAUUAUCAGCCUUCUACAGUACAUAGAAUCCGCAGGGAGUUCGCACGGAAACAUUGUGAUUUUACGACCUGGAGCUACAUGGCCUUCCGUGACACCGCGACCAACACCAUUCCCGACCCCCCGACCCACACAAAGACCAACACCCCGACCCACACAAAGACCCACUCCUAGACCUACACCAAGACCAACAGCUAGACCGACCAGACCGAGCAACUACAAACUUCUUGACGUCAUUUCCAUCCGGUCAGCGUACUUGCAUAUUCCUGGAUAUAUUGACAUGCGCAGUGAAGGGUCCAUCUCCUUCCGGUUUAAAACCUUUGAACCUAGAGGGGUCAUUUUGUUUUCAGAGAGAUUAAGUACCCAGUACUUCUGUGCUUUUGAGAUAUUUGAUGGCUAUCUCUACAUGGUAUAUAACUUUGGACAGGGACCAAUGCGACAGAAAGUGUCGGACCGGAAGUUGAACGAAGGUGAAUGGCACGAGAUCCGAUUGCAACUACGUAGAAAUGACGCCGUAGUUUACGUUGACGGACAGACUACAUCAGUUCAGAUUGACCCCACGUCCCGUAGCGAAAUCUACCUUAAUAGUGGACUCUACGUUGGGGGUCUGAGCCAGAAUCGGAACUACCCCUGGUAUAUAUGGUCCAGGGUUGGCUACAAUGGCUGCUUCGAUGACCUCACCAUCCGGGAGUUCUCUACGGACAUGCGCGGUAGUGUGGUUAUCCCUAACAACGUCAACGUGCAGCCCGGAUGUUCUUUGUUAGGGAGAUGUGACGGAACUAGAUGUACUCACGGUACAUGUAACAACCGUAUGGACCAGUUCUUAUGUAACUGUAUGGCCUCAGGUUAUCAGGGACAACUUUGUGAACAGCUUGCUGUAGUGGCCGGAUUCCAGGGAACUAACUCUGUUUCCUACUACUAUUCAACGACAAGGCAAACACACACGAAUGACAUAUCGCUUAGGUUCAACACAAUGUUUGAGGAUGCCUUCCUGUUCCAAACCGCCUCUAGCCGACACCCCGAAUACAUUCGGGGCGAAUUGGAGGGCGGAAGAGUCAAAGUGACAUUCUUUGUCAAUGGCAGAGAACAGACCUUCUACACGGGCUCUAACCUAAAUGACAACGCCUGGCAUAACAUGUAUCUACAAAGACGAGCCAACCAGCUAGAACUGUGGGUGGACAAUGAACAACACGUUCUAGGAACACUUGAGGGAGAGGAUUUCUACAUUAACAUCGGCGAGAUAGAUUUCGGUUCUAGCACAUCUGCCGUUACCCAGUCGCCUAAUUACAUUGGAUACCUACAGAACGUCUACUUUGAUGACGUUGACCUGUUCGCAAAGCUCCACCAGCAGCCUAAUCUAAAUAUCAUCUGGUAUACGAAUAUUGGAGUGGAUCAGACCCCGCCCAUCCCAAUCUAUAAUCCCGUGACUAUUACGUCACGGGAGGCAUAUAUGAUGCUAACACCUCUCCCUAAGGUCGGGAACCUUCACAUCACCUUCAAAUUCCGUACCAGUCAGCCGGAUGGCGUUAUUCUCUUUAAUAAAGGCAGAAAGGGUAAAUUCAUUGCGGUGGAGCUGGUGAGAGGGUAUCUCGUGUUUGCCUACAAUAAUGGGUACAGGACCAGUACAAACAGAAUCAACAAGAAAAUCGACGACAAUCAAUGGCACACUUUCGAGGUUCGGGAGGUCAGGCAAAGCAAUGGCAACAGAGUGUACCAGGCGAGAGUUGACGAUGUUCUCCGGACUAUUCCGAUCGCAGGCACGGAUGACCUUGAACUUUCAGGUCAUAACCUUUACCUUGGAGGAUUGUCGGAGAAUAUGUUUAAUCUGAACGCCUUCGUCAAGUCAACACUGUCCUCUACCACAGGAUUUAUGGGUUGUCUAGCCUCCGUGCAUUUGAAUACGGGGACCCCAGAUUUCAAGAAAUACGCAAGUAGUGCCAUUCUAUUGGAUACUUGUGAAGAUAUCAAUGGUGUUUGUCCAUCCGGCAGUAAUCCCUGUCAAAAUAAUGGCGUGUGUACAGCAGGCAUCACGACUUUCACCUGUAACUGUGACCUCACAGCAUACGCAGGGCCCAGGUGUGAAGCAUACCCACUUGGUUUAUACAUCGGUAAGAAGGGCCUGGACGGCAUUGUAACUUACACGUAUAAAAACGCCAUGAAUUCUGAUAAAGACAACAUCGCUCUUGGCUUCAUGACUUACCGACCAGAUGGGAUCCUGUCACGAUUUGACAACCUUUACGGCACCGAGUACAUCGAGUUACGACUGGAGAAUGGCUUCCUUGUUGCCGAGUACGACACUGGGGAUGGCGCUCAAACCAUAGUCAUCGACAACAUCAAAUACAACGACGGGAACUAUCACGUGGUUAACUUCUACAGGGACGCUGACGGCUCCCGAUUCUUUGUGGACGGUUUCACUAAAGUUCUUACUCACUCAGGCGCUCACUCGAUCUUUGACAAUCUACAGUACGUGUACAUUGGUGGCAGGCAAGACUCGAACGGGGCCACUAUGAACGCCUACAACGGUAUAAUUGGAGGAUUGUACUACAACCGAAACAGGUUUAUAGACCUCGCCCACAAUAACGACAACAACAUCGAGUGGACAGGUGAUCUGACCAUGAUUAAAGACGGCCAAUAUGUCCUUGUUCCUCCAAUUGUAUUAACUACCCCAAGAGUUAUCACACCUCCUCCACGUUCACCGGUACCACCACUUGAUGGAAACAUUGUAAUACCUCCGGAUAUAGGUGGUGGUGGAGUGGUUGGUCCUCGUUUUACCGGUGCCGGGGGCCCUGGUGGUGGUGGCGGCGAUAUGGUGGGUAUUGGUUCCGGUCCGGGCGCCAUAACUGGCGGCGGCGGUUCCCUGACCAAUUUAGUACCUGGAAGUGGUGGAGGACCUAAAGCAUUAGGGCAAACAGCAGGCGGGGGCGGAGCAGCAGGCGUUCCAUUGGCUGCUGUUGGAGGAGGCGGAGCUCGUGCAGGCGCUCUAUUGGGAACAAUUUUGGGAACAAUGGCCUUCAUGGCAAGUCUUCUGUGGGCUUUUUGGCAAUGCAAACCAGGGAUGGUUCCAUGCUUUGGAGGUGGAGGUGGCGGAGGAGGUGGUGCACCUUCUAUGGCCAUUUCCUCUCCAACCCCAGCGACCAAUCUACCCGUGGCUCAGGCGCUAGGUGGUGGUCCAGGUGGAGCGGCCUUGAGUGGUUCCGGAGCAGGAGGUGGUAGUGCUGGGGCAGGAGGAGCGAAGGUCACAAUUCUGAAUGGAUCAGCAAGCGGGGGUGGUGGUAGCGGCGGUGGGGCAGGAAGCAAUUCAGCUUUUUCUGCGUACUAUUCCUCAUCUAAUGCGACCGUGGCAUCCGGUGGUGCUGGAGGAGGUUCUGCCGCUGGUGCUGGUGGAGGUGCUGGGCAGUAUGAUGCGACGUUGAGAGCGACAGGAACCUUCUCUAACAAGGGUACUUUGAUAGGAACGCCGAAGGCUUCCCGUGCCUACUUAGGAUCGUCCUCAAGUGCAGGAGGAGGAGGUGGUGGUGUUGGCGGUGGAAACUCUUCGUACAAUUAUUCUUCGACCACUACAAACGUGUAUAACAGUAACACGAUGGGAGGAGGUAGCGGCGGCAGCGGCGGCGGCGUGUACAACAGUAACACUAUGGGAGGCGGCGGCGGCGGCGGCGGUGGAUCGUCCAUUGACGCCAUUGGGUAUGGGGAAUCUACUACAGCGGACUACGACAUGGCACCUGGAAUUUCUGGAGGUUCUUCCAACUACCAGAGUAACGCCAUGUCUGGCGGUACCUUAUCCAAGGGCUAUUCCACCUCCACCAUGUCAUCUUCAUACAACUACCAGGUCCAGAACGUGCGGACGGUGAUGAUGAACCAAGGUGGUCAGCACAUGGUCAGCUAUGGGUCAACGUCUAGUGGAGCCGUUACUCCCGGAGCAGCCGGAGAUGAGGUCAGAGUCGAUUGUUGUUUUAUGACCGGCGAUGGAGCUAGUGUGGUGACCGGAUCCAGUCUUGGCCCACCUCAAGUUUGGGACAUGCAGACCGGAGAACUUUUGAGAAUAAUGAAGGGAGAUACCGUUGGUUCUACAAACCUCCACUUGGCUUGUAAUGACAGGCUUCUGGUGGGCGCAGUACAUGCCGAUUUACAAAUUAACGAAUAUUCUAUAAGGAAAGGAGUAACAAAUAAAAAAUUACAGAUCUGGGACUUCGUCACAGGGAAACCUUUAGAGAUGGGUAAGGAAGAGACAUGUUCGGCUUUAUGUGUGAUGACAGACCCGGACAAAGUUGUGUUUGCACGUUCCGAAACCUACGGCAAUGGAACGGACAUAAUAGUAUGGGACCUUUUAGGGAAUCAAGCCAUUAAAGAGAUGCAUUACGAUGCUCCAGUGGGUAACAAUGACUACAUUAAUUAUUUAGCAUUAUCUCAAAACGACAGAUAUUGUGUGGCAGGAUUCACCAAUACAUUCGAUAACUACGCCGAGUUUGUAACAUUUGAUGUCACAUUAACUAGUUUUAACAUCACAGAACCAAACGUUCUUAGACUAGAUGCCAAUCCAGAUUGCACUGUGAUAUUGCCACGUGAUGAAGCAGUCACGGGACUCCGGAACGGUGACCUUGUCAUUUGGAGUCUGCGCACUGGACAGCCUAGUCGUCAACUGUUGUCAGGAUCAGGUGUCCAUGCACACAGUCGGGAAAUCAAGGCACUUGCUAUUUCUGAGGACAAUAGAUACUUGGUGUCGGCAUCGGCUGACGGAACCCUCAAAGUCUGGGAUAUGACGUCAGAGAGACAAACAAAUACCCUGAGUGGACACGGAGAUGAAGUAUGGUGUGUUGCGAUUUCUCCCGAUAACGAGAUUGUUGUCUCAGGAUCACGUGACGGUUCCAUCAGGUUGUGGAGACUGAAAAGCGGAAGUGAGAUUUGCACGUUCACAACUGGUGUCGAUGUCUUCUACGUCACAAUGAGCCAUGACAAAGGAACCAUAGUUGCCCUUGGCGACAAAUAUGGCGCCAGGAAGCUGAUUAUGUUGCAAGUGGUUCGAUCCAAAGUACGCCGGCAAAUCAGUUCUUAAUGAUUGACAGAAUUUGACAAAAAGACAGUUUACAUAUUUAACGGUGCAAUUCAAACGUAGUUACAUGCUUUGACAAAAAGCUGGAAAAGAAAGGGGAAAUGCUAAAAUUUAUAUAUGAUAAUAUUUUCUUAAAAUCUUGCUUUACGAAGUUAAGACUUGAUACAUACAUAUUAGAUAUUUCGAACUUUUUCGCCAAGUGAAAGUAUUCAUCUUUACCAAAGAAUAUUGGACUUAUUCAACUUUAUUUUCCUCUUGACUUGCUUUCAAAUUCAAUUUGAAUAAUAUGUAUGUAUUAAAUUUAAUUUCAGCGCUACUUAUCAAAUGCAUUAAUCAAAAUGAUCCACGCAUAAUCAGCUUGAACAUUUUAACUUUAAAAUUGAAGCUGAAUUUUCAGCAAAAUGUACCUCCCUCCAUUGAUGAAUACACUAUCUUUUUCUAUGAUUGAUAUCUUCACAUUUGAUUUAAUUUGCUAUUAAAUGCCAAAAUAUGAAAAUGUACCAGUUUGGAUGAACAAUGGAACAAUGAUUCGUUUUGUAUAAAGUGGCGCACAAUUUUCGUUCUUUGCAGAAAUUAAAGUGCAGAAAAAUACAGCUGUAGAAGAACCAUUGUAUCCAAAUAUUUCUUCAGAAAUAUCGUAUUUCAAUUUUAAUUUUGAACUUUAUUUAGACCGCCGAUUUCAAAAGUUCAAUAUGGGAAGGGAGGUAAUCCGGAAUUAUAAGUAUGACAAGGGAGAUAAUCCGGAAUUCUGGUCAGUUGUGCGUUAUUCGUGGUGUGAGAAAGCUUGCCAAUAGAUGUUUAUAUCGAUAUACGUUUUAAUUUAUUUGUCACGGGGUCUAAUCUCACUACAAUGCGCUGUCAAUAGGUCUUUCACGUGUGUAUACUCACAAUCUUCCUACACAAUCUUCAGCAAUACCCGCUUCAACAGUUUUCGUUUUCAAUUAUCUCAAAUCCAUUCAGCCAAAAUAAAGAUAAGUUGUAAUCUUCCCGAGAAAAUGACUAGCUCUGUGAUGGAUUUCCAUUAACGGACAUAUACGUUCAUUUAUAUAUAUAUAUAUGUUAACAAAGGCAGACAAUGCUGAUUAUGCUUUUACUAUAUAUAAAAAUAUGGUAAUAUAUUAUGAAAUUUUUAUACAAAUACAUGUAUAUAUAUCAUAUGGUUGUGAAAAAAAACUUACUGACCUUGUGCCUUAAUUCCAAUGUAUAAAUAAAUCUCGACAGCUUGGCUAGAUAAUUUUAAGAUAAUUGUUUAACUGCAAAAAAGAUACUGAAGAUGCUAUGCAACCUGUCCUUUUAGAUUUAUGUAUAAGGGACGUCUGAGAGAACAAAUACUAGUUUCUAUCUUUCUAACGGAAUGCCAGAUUUGUUAACAAAAUUUCUAACUUUUAAAUGUGUUAAAUUGAACAGACAUUGAAAGAUGUGCCAUAUCUUUAUAUAAUGUACGUUGGGCGAUUAUAGUUUUAUGAAUACUCGAUUAAAAUGCAAGCUUAUCAAAAUGUUUUGUAUGUGUGUAUUUUUGUGCUUUAUAGUGAUAUUUUCGUUUUAUAUAUUCAAAUAAAUUUGUGCUAAUAUAUAAUUCA